GAUAUAUACAACUUCCAUUAGAUCCAUAUAGCUUAACGAACCGAAAUGACGACGCUUGAAGUGGAAGUCAUCUCCAAGGAGAUUAUCAAACCAUCUUCUCCGACCCCUGACCAUCUUCGCCAUUACCGGUACUCCUUUCUCGAUCAAACCUCACUUCCCCAGAUCUAUAUCUCUAUGGUUCUCUUCUUCGAAUUCAACGGCCAGACACAACCCAACAUCACUGAGAUAUCCAACCAUCUUAAGACGUCGUUAGCCGAGGUCUUAACACUCUAUUAUCCCCUAGCAGGACGAGCUCAUGACAACCUCUAUAUAGACUGCAACGACAAAGGUGUUCCCUUCCUCGUAGCUCACGUCAACAACUGCAAACUCUCCUACGUGCUCCGCGAUCCUAUUCCCGACGAACUCACUAAGCUGGUAGCGUUUGAGCUUGACGACGUUGAUAACAAGAUCCCCUUUGGUGUGCAGCUCAACGUCUUUGAAUGUGGAGGGUUCGCUAUAGGUCAAUGUAUUUCUCACAAGAUUGCAGAUGGGUUAUCUAUGCUCAUGUUCAGUAGAGCUUGGGCAGCCAUUGCGCGACGAGCCCAUGGAGAUCAAGAAGCCGAAAUACACCGUCCAGAAUUCAUUUCCGCCACGCUCUUCCCAACCAAGUUUUUUACACAGACAUGCAUUGGCGUCGCGAAGAAUAAACUAGUGACAAAGAGGUUUGUGUUUGAUGCGUCUAACAUAGAGUACCUCAGAGCAAGAUAUGCGGGCACUACGAUGAAGCGCCCUUCACGCGUUGAAGCCCUUUCGGCUUUCAUAUGGAGCAGAUUUGUAGCCAUUUCCAAUGAUGAUGGCAUUCAUGAGAAGUUGCACAGCGUCAUCCAUGUUGUGAACCUUCGUCCCAGGUUUGAUCCACCUCUGCCGCUACACUCAUUUGGAAAUCUGAUCAGUUUUGCAUGUUCAACUCCUUCGUUGUUGAAUACUAGAGAAGAAUGCUACGGCCUAGCAAGGCAGGUUCGAGAAGCAAUAAGCAAGAUCGAUAAGGGCUAUAUCAAAAAGCUUCAAGGGGGUGCUGAUCAUGAUAACAUGACCAGUAGUGAUGGAGGAGAGAAGGUUACAUCUUUAUUUACUGGUUUGUGCAAAUUUCCUUUAUAUGAUAACGAUUUUGGUUGGGGAAAACCAUCAUGGGUGUACGCGAGGUUGCCAGGACUCAACUUCAACAACCUAGUAAUUUUUAUUGAGACCAAAGACGCAAAUGGAAUAGAGGCAUACAUUACCUCAGCUGAGGAAGUCUUGACUAAACUGCAAAGAGACACCGAGUUCCUCCAACGAUUGUACCCGAGUUGGAGUUGUUCUAGUCCAAGCUUAACAACCGUGCCCAUUUGCAGAACUCCAUUGCCGAAACCGACAGAGUUUGAUCAAGAAACCAAGUGUCCUAACCAAACCAGUGACAUGGGGAGCAGUAAUGAUUUCAUUUAAACAGCUAGUGACUACAAUCACUUAAGAUGGCAUCCCUUACAAAUUCGGGAGCAACAACAAACCAGCUCUGGCUUUUACUAUAGUUCAAAGCAUGAUUUGCGAGGAUAUGGGCUACUCUAUUAGCCUCACGAGGUACAUGGAGAACUCUAAAAUCUGCAUACCGGUGAAGAAACUCUUUCACCCCUGCUAUGAUGGUACCCAAGGUAGAAAGAUCUGUAUCUGGUUGCGAUACUGCUUGCUGAAGCA